AUGCUUUUCGGUGGCGAGCUAACGGGUUCACGUGGGACGGCGAACUUAAAAUCUCCCGCGCAGGCACAUGAGCGAGGCUGCCCAGACCCCUACCCCCGGGCCAGGCCCUGGCUGCACAUGCGCUUAAGAGAAACCGAAGCCUUGCCGAGGGAGGGUGCGUGUGAGGCGGGGAGCCAAACUUCCUGUCUGGCCUUCUUUGGUUCCUCCGCUGGGUUGCAAGGAGUGCUCCUGGUCCACUGCCCGUGCAGGGGACGCCCCAGGGAACUACAGGCAGGCGGCUCGGGGAAGGAAGGCCUGUGCCAGCCGGGUACCGGCUCAGCCCUGGCCCGUCUUCCGCCCGGUGCGGGAGGGGCGGAGCCGGGCGGGCGGGGGCGGGGCCAUCCCGCUUCGGGCUCCAUCGGUCCUGUUUCCUCCACCUGUUGGCUCUUAGAGUAUCUACUAAGCUUUGGUUUAUUUGUGAGGAAUACUUGGAAGUUCUGUAUUUCAUUAAAGAUGCUGUUUUUCCUCGUUCCACCCAUUUCCCAUGGGCUGGCCAUUGCCUGUAAGGGGAGUUCAGGAAACCAAGCUGCAGCUGAUAUAUCCAUGCCCAUCCAGGUCCAGGAGUUGGUGAUAUUUGAAGAUGUGUCUAUUUACUUCACCUUAAAGGAAUGGAAACUUCUUAUUCCCACUCAGAGGGUUCUCUAUAGGAAUGUGAUGCUGGAGAAUUAUGGAAAUGUGGUCUCAGUUGCAGGAUUUCCAUUUUCCAAACCUGCUCUGAUCUCUCACCUAGAGCAAGAAGAAGAACCCCUUGUUCAGUAUCUCCAGGAAACUGAGAGGAAAGAUGCCCAGAAAGGUCUUUGCUCAGGAUCAAAUGUUAAGAUGAGGAUUGAAGAUGAGGAAUUAACUAUAGAACAAAGAAGUUUUGGAAAUGCAGAAUGUCAAAGACUCCAGGAUAAUGUUUCCCACGUUUCUCUGUUUAGAGAACCUAGUGAAUGGAAUAGUAAAAUACAGAGUCCAUGGGGUAAAUCCAAGGCAGAGAGCCUGAGAGAGAAAAGAUGCUUCAGUGCAGUGACUGCCAAAACCAAGAAAACCCUGAGGAUAAAAAUAGGGAAAAUAGGGAAAAAUAAAGAAUUUGGGAUAAGUUUCCAUCUGAGCUCUAAACAACUUUCAUAUUAUAAAGGUGCUAGUGGACUAAGAAAAUUCAGAAAUGAAAAAUAUGACCACAGCUCCAGUUCACCACUUCUACUACAUCAGAAAACACAUACUGAAGAGAUACCUUAUGAAUGUAAGGAGUGUGGAAAAUCCUUAAGGUACAACUCGGGCCUUAGGAAACAUAAGAGAAUUCACAGGAGGCUUAAAUUCUAUGAAUAUGAUGAAUAGAGGAAAGUCUAUAAUAUGAACUCAACUCUUCAGAAGCAUGAAAGGAUCCACACUGAGGAGAAACCCUGUAAGUGUGAUAAAUGUGGAAAGGACUUAAGUGACAAGUAUUACCUUUUUGAACAUCAAAGAAUCCACACUGGAGAAAAGAUUUGCAAAUGUAAGGAGUGUGGAAAAUCCUUCAGUCACAGCUCUAUACUUAUGCAACAUAAAAGAAUUCACACUGGGGAAAAGCCUUAUGGAUGUGACCAUUGUGGAAAAGCCUUCAGAGUGAGCUCAGCACUCAUAGAACAUAAAAGAGUUCAUACUGGAGAGAAACCAUUUAGGUGUGACCAGUGUGGGAAAGCCGUCAGUGGGCGGUCAGAUCUUAGACAGCAUCAAAGAAUCCAUACUGGGAAGAAACCCUAUGAAUGUAAAGAGUGUGGGACAGCCUUCAGCCAUAGUUCUGGCCUUAGACAACACAAAAUAAUUCAUAGUGGGGAGAAGCCAUAUAAAUGUAAUGAGUGUGGCAAAGCCUUUACUCAGAGCUCGCACCUCACAGGACGUGAAAGAAUACACGUUGGCGAAAAGCCCUAUGAAUGUGGUCAGUGUGGGAAAGCUUUCCGUCAUAGUUCGCACCUUACUGUGCAUAAAAGAAUCCACAUGGGGGAGAAACCUUAUCAAUGUAGUGACUGUGGGAAAACUUUUAGAGUGAAUGGAGACCUGACUGUGCAUAAAAAAAGAAAACAUAUGGGGAAGAAAUCUCAUGAACUUGGUGAAUGUGGAAACUUAUAUAAUUAGAGUUUACGUUUCCUCUCUAUCAUUUCAUACCAAAGUGAAAACUGAUAUAAACAAGUCUCCUAUAUUAGUCAAAGAGUCCACAGAAUCUGCAGUAGGCAGAUUCAGGGAUGGGAAACUUAUCAGGAUAUACAUACAUUUAGUAGAGAGGAGAGGCCUUCCUUAAUAUAGGCAUUAGAUUGUUAUAACUUUAGGAGAGUUCUAAAAUGAAACUUAAAAGUUUUAGGAGGUAGAAGUCUGUUUGUAAAAAAGACCGGUAAGAAAAGAUGGGUAAGGGUAUUGUGUUUCAUGAGUUUGAUUAUAUAUGUACUAUUAAUUAUUUACUAGAUAUAUAAAUGUUAUGAUAUAAAAAGUGUUGAUCUUUGUUCUAAGCACUCUGCCUUGAGAAUGGCAAAUGGUUGCAUUGAGUUAAGAAGAAGGGUAUCUAAUAAAGCAAGUUUCAAAUACAAAAAGGACAUGACUUUGAAUUGGUACAUUAGGUGGAGAACUGUUAUCAGUGCCAGGCUUUGUCCGAGUGCACUUGUAGUUAAAAUCAACCAAACUAGGCACCACAGUAUAUUCGAAAGGGCAUUAAAUUCAGAAGACCUUGGAUGAAGUCCUUAUUUUGUGUAACUGGAAAAAUGGGUUAAAGGGCAUGGCUAUUUUAGUCCUUUUAGCAUAAUUCCAUAAUUAAUUUUCAGAAUGACUGAAUUGCUUCACAGCUUCAACAGUUGUAUAUUACUCUGCUUGUCUUUCUGCAACAAUAAACACCCACUUUUUUCCAGUUUUUUGCUACCCCCAACAUGUGCUGCAACAAAUGUUUUCACAUAUAUGGGACCUUUCUGUCUUUAACUUCCACAAGGAUAGAAUGUGAGACUUUUUCAAAUACUUUGCUAAAAUCUAGGUACACUAGAUCUGUGACAUUCCCCUAUCAGGUUAAUAAACCUUUCAAAAAAGGAAA